AUGCAAAGGCAAAAGAAAUAUGCCACCAAAGGUGGCCUUCACCGAGAAGAUUCAGAUGACGAGCUUGGAUACGAGGAUCACCCCUGGGAUUGGGUGUACAAAGAUGAAGGGGCCACCUACUUGUCCGAUGAGGAGAAAACGCCCUCGAAGAAACGCAAGUUAGAUGCUCUCUCUGGGCCGGCUAAGAAACGACAAAUUGUUGGUGCGCAGAUGGGCUCAUUUUCAGUCAAAGUGGGAGAUCCGAUCUUGUUAAAGUCCCCCGAACAAGGCAAAGACUGGGUUGGCCUCAUUUGUGCCUUCUCAGAGACCAACGAGGACGGCGAAUACGAAAUGUCUGUCUACAUUCAAUGGUUCUGUACUCCUGAAGAGCUGGCCUUCGGAAAGCGAUCGAAGAUCCGGCCUGAUGUGCUGCCUAAUGAAUCCUAUAUCACAACCGAUUUUAAUAUGAACCCCCUGACGGCAAUCAAUGGCAAAGCAACAGUUCUGUCAAAGGAUGCGUUUUUUCAAAAGUACCCUGGUGGACAACCUCCGAAAUCGAAAUCAGCCGCCAACAAAUAUUCCAAAACCAUCUUAUGCCGAAGAGGGGUUAAACAGCGAACGCUUCAAUUUACGGAAGAUUUCGUCUGGGAUGAGAUUUAUAAAAGUCCUGAAAAUUUGCUCGACCUGAUUGAUUGGAUAAAGGAACAGACAAAAGUCAACAAAAGACGGGCAGCCGCUAAACAGGAAGAUCUUGAGUACAACCAGAAAGCGGAGGUCGUAGAAGACGAGCCAAAGACACCCAGCAAACGUCGGAAAACGACUUCUACAGUUGCAACUCCACGUUCUGUCAAAACGUCCAAGUACACUACGCCAACUCACAAACGAAUCAUGAUUAAAAAGCCGAUCGAGAUAACGCCUCUUGGUACACGAGUCCUUUCUCCCUCGCAGUACAUGGCGACCCCUUACUCACACGCACGAACUACUUUGCAUGUCUCUGCUGUUCCAACGUCGCUACCAUGUCGAUCCAACGAGUUCAACACAGUCUACUCGCAUUUGUACUCGGCGAUUGUGGACGGCUCAGGCGGCUGCAUCUAUAUCUCAGGCACACCAGGCACUGGCAAGACGGCCACCGUCAGAGAUGUAGUCACUUCUCUUCACCAGGCUGUUUUGAACGACGAGCUGGAUGACUUCAAUUUCGUCGAGAUCAAUGGCAUGAAAGUCACCGAACCACACCAGUCCUACUCGCUGUUAUGGGAGGCUCUGAAAGGGGAUCGUGUCAGUCCUAACCACGCCCUGAGCCUUUUGGAACAAGAGUUCUCCCAUCCAUCUCCCCGCCGCAUUCCAUGUGUCGUCCUCAUGGACGAGCUUGACCAACUUGUGACACGGAACCAAAGUGUCAUGUACAAUUUCUUCAACUGGCCAGCGAUGCGGCAUUCAAAGCUGAUUGUCCUUGCAGUAGCCAAUACUAUGGAUUUGCCAGAACGGACACUUUCGAACAAGAUCAGCUCACGGUUAGGAUUGACCAGGAUCACGUUUCCAGGUUACAAUCACACACAGCUGAUGGAAAUUAUCUCAUCAAGAUUAGAAGGCGUGCCCGGAAACAUCGUGGACAAAGAUGCCGUACAAUUUGCCAGUCAGAAGGUGGCUGCUGUGUCUGGUGACGCACGUCGGGCACUGGAUAUUUGUCGACGCGCAGUUGAGAUUGCAGAGAACACAUAUGAGAAGAACAGCAAUGAAAUGUCUGCAGGGACGCCCAGUCGGAAGGGUAAGAGUCAGCCGGACUCUAAUGGGAUUAAGCCAAUGGCCCGCGUGACGAUUGCCACCAUCAGGCAGGCUAUCAACGAAGCGACUUCGUCGCCUGUCGCCCAACAUUUGCGGUCUCUCCCCCUCGCAUCCAAGCUCUUCUUAGCUGCCUUGUUGGCACGAUCGCGUCGUACAGGUGUGGCUGAAUCAACCCUGGGUGACGUUGUCAUCGAGGCCAAACGCAUUGCCGAUGUAGCUGAGAACAGUACCAUUCAUGACUUCCUUCUUGUUGAUAACAAGGUCGGGAAAGCAGCCUCUUCUCCGAUUCCUCGGAUCAUUGCGCUGGGUGCUGCUGCAAUGGACUUGGUCGAAGCUGGUGUUAUUGCCAUGGAAUCCAGAAACAAAGGUGAACGUGCGGGCAAGAUCAGAUUCAAGAUUGGCGAAGAAGAAGUGAAAAGCGCUUUGAUGGGAGAUGCAGAGGCCAUGGGCCUCGGAUUCAACGGAUGA